AUGAGUCAUAAACAAGAAUUUUCAUCAACUCUUUGGGAUUAAUUCAAACUAUCAAUAUUUAAGUAAAAAUUUCUUGUAAGUCUAGUGUCGCUUAUUAAAUUGUUGGCCAAAAUAACCAACCUUUAUAAACUACAAUUUUAUUAUCUCUUAUAUAGUUUAUACAACUUAUAUAUUUACCUUUUUAAAUAUAGCUUUAAUUUGCAUGGCAUGAUUUGAUACUGUCAGGGUAAAUUCAAUAGUUUUUGCAGUAUUUUACCAUUAUAAGGAUGCUUAAUCAACAAAAAACUUCCACUUAUUUAAUUGGAUUAUAUUGUUCAAUAAGUGUUGUGCUAUUAAUUGUAAUUGUAGUAUUUUUGGCAACCAUUUUAAAAAAACUCUUGAAUAGCUAUAUUUUGAGAUUGAUACUAAAUAUAAGUUUGAAAUUGAUCAUGACAGCUGGAUUUGUUGAGAUAUUGAGAUUACAUUUGGGAGUAUAAUUUAUAUAUAUGAAUUUAGUUUUUAGUUUGUAAAAGAGGUAACAAUGGUGAAUUAAAAAUGUUAUAUACAACAGAUUAGGAAUGUUGGACUAGCAGUUAUAUAAUUCAUGCUAUUGUUGUAAUAUUUUCAAUAGCAUUCAUAUUCCUCAUUGUAUUUAUUGGAUCAUAAUUAUUUAUUGAAAUUAGAAAUAAUAAAAAGAAUACAUUUUCAUAAAGAGAAGGAUCAACAUACGCAUUUCUGUUUGUAUAUGCAUCAUCUUCAAUGUUAAUGUAUUGUUUAAUAGAACUACCAAAAUACACAAUUGUUGUGAUUUUAAUUUAAGUUUUGACAAGUUUCUUCUUCUUUUACAAAAUUCGUUUAAAAAGACCUUUUUAUAAUAGGAUAAUUUAAAAGCUUUGGUCUGCAAUAAGUGGUUUAGUUUUUUAUACAAAUUUUAUGCUAUUAAUUGCUUUUACAUUCGAACAUAUAGUAUUUAAAGACACCAUAAAGGGUUGGAUUGUAACUAUGCCAAUGCUCUUGGUAAUUUUAAUGUAAGAUUAGAAAUAAAACAUUAAUUUGUUAUAGGCAAAUUUGAUAUAAUAGUUAACAAGCUGGGAAAUAAUCUAACUUUCAGAAUUUUUGAUUGAAUUAUGUGAAGAUUUUGAAAAGGAUAAAAAUAAGGAAAUUCUUUUAUUAGGUUUCUUGGAAGUUCAUAAAUAAACUUGUUUAAAUCCUUAAUGUGCAAUUAAAACAUCAAUAGAAUUGUCUAAAAAAUUUAAGGAUAAUCUUAAAUAUACAGAUAAAAGAAUGAUUCUAAAAGAAAUUAUUGAUUAAAUUUAUUAGAUUGCCCUUUAAAUUUAUCCUUAAAGUGUUGAUUUAAGGCUUUAUUAUUCUUCUUAUCUAUUAGAAACUUUGGAAUAAGGGCAAAAGUCUUUAAUUGAAUUGGAUAAGGCAGAAGCAUGCUGUCCUUCUUUUGGAUAAUAAUAUUUAAUAUUUAAGAUGAGGAAAACUAUUGAUUAACAAUAUUAAAAAUCUUCUAUAAUUUCAAACUAAGUUAAUUACAUGUAAACUCUAGAUAGAAGCAUGAAAUAUUAAUAUCAAUAAAUCAAAUAGCUAGCUGAAGAAUGUACAUAUCAUAAAAUAUCAUUUUGGAAUACAUUACUGGAUGAAAAUCCAAAUUUAACAAUGAUUAAGAAAUAUGGAAAUUUAAUUCUUAAAUCAAUUCAUUUAUUAAACAAAUAAUUGUUUAAACUUUAAAUAAAUAAUCCUUCAAAUGCAUAAAUUUUUAAACUAAUAGAAAAAUUUAAUAAAUAUGUUCAUUAAUUACAAUCCUAUAAAGGUGUUCAAAUUGCAAAUAAAAAGAAAUUAGCUUAACAAUAAUCAGAACGUUAAUAUUUAAAAAAUUAAGAUGAACUAAGCUCGUAUUCAUAUCCAGUCAUAGUUUUAGAAUUAUUUGGUAAAGCUAAUCAACCAACUAUAAUAAAGAAUGUUAAUUAAGCUUUUCAUUCUUUAUUAGGAUAUUCUAAAACUGAUGUAAUUGGUAAACCAUUAUCAUAAAUAUUAUAAAAUAAGUAAUUAAUUACAUUAUAAAUUAGAUAUUGUAAAUUGCAUAGCAUUUUUGUUGAAGAUUAUUUUACUUAAUUAAGAUCAGAUCAAGUUUAUGAAACAUAAGAAAGAUCUUAAUUUUUAGUAUCUAAAACUAAUUAUGUUCUUUAGACUUUCAGCACUGAUUCAAUAUAUAUGUCUGAUAAAGGUAUUUUUUAAUUUUGCAGAUUGAGAUAAGACUAAUGUUAUAAUAAUUGUGCAUAUUUAAUUUUUAAUCUUGAUGGCAAAAUAGAAAGUAUUUCAGCAACUUGCAUCUCUAUUCUUAAUUUAGACAUUCGUUAGUUAUAAAUUAAAUAAUUAACAAUAUAAAAACUAUUCCCUUAUCUUAUGGAGAAUAUGGAUGAUUAUAUUAAUAAGAUGAAUAUAAUUAUUUUUGAAAAUCAUAUAACUUCUUUAAAUAAAAGUACUGAUUUUGAAGAAAAAUAAAUUGAUUAAUGUGUCUCUUGUGUAUAUUAUGGAUAAUUAUAUGAAAUAUCUGCUAGAAAUUAUUAAUUUACUUAAUAAGAUUUACGAUAAUAGAUAUUUGGAUAUUAUUUGAAAGUCUAACUCAAUGACAUCUAAAUACCUAAAGAUAAGUAUCUUAUCAAAAGAAAUAUCUUUAAGCAUUAAUUCAAAUAUUCAAUUGAGUAAAACUCAUAUAUUUGUAUACUAUAUUUAUUAUAAUAGUUGAAUACUUAAGUUAACCAACUUCUAAAUAUGAAUCUAUUAAAAAUGAUAGUGAAAUUUAAGAUGAACCAAAAGUUGAAGUGUUCGCUUAAUAAAGUUUUCUUUGUAAUAAAUAGAUUUCAAUGACUCAUCUUAACAUAUCGUAAGGAUUAGGACAUGAUAUCAAAACUUUGAGAUUAUUUAAAGGAGAAAUUAAGGAAAUAAUUGAUUUAGAUUAAGAUGAGGAAGAAGAAGAAUAAAUAAGAGAGCGUACUUAAAAGUUAGAAGUUUAAGAAUAAAAAGAAUAGUCACAACAAAUCAAAGUAUCUAAUUAAGAAGAAUUAAUGAUUCGCCUAUUAAAUGUCCCAUACUCUCCAAUUCUAAAGAAACUCAUUUUUAUUUUAAAUAGUCUUAUGAUUUUAUUGUUUGUUAUUGCCAUUGUAAUGUAUUUGAUAAUUAAUCAAACACAAAGUGAAUUUUAAUCAGCUAUUACUCUUUUAGCAGCUUCUAAUUAAAGAUUUGCAUCAAUUCUAAAAAUUUAAUCAAAUCUAUAGGAUUUAAGAGGUUCUUAUUUAAAUCUUGAACAAUAUACAAUGAAAGUUACUGAUGGUAAGUUUGCUUAGUUAAAUUAUGUAGAAUUAAGUAAGGAAUUAGAUAUUUUAUUAGUAAAUGAUAAGCUUUUAACAACAGCAAAUAUUUAGAUUAACGAAAAUUAUCAAUCAGUUUUAGAUUAAUUUUAAUCAGCCAAUGUACAAAUGGUCUCGAAAGAUAAUUAAUACCAUAAUUAUACUUACACCUAAGCUAUUUAAUAAAUGAUUGCUAAGGCUAUCACUUUAAAUAAUUCAAAUUUAUCAGAUUUUGUUGAUGAUAAUGAAGAUUUUCAUUAUUAUCUGCACAAUACAUUAAACUCAAUCCCUAAAUCUUAAUUAGUUUCACAAGCUUAUUAUUACUCAAACAUACUUAGUUUAAUUGAUAAUCUUUAUCUUGAAGAAAAGUCCUUUUUUACUUUAUAAAUCUGUUGCCUUACAUUAAUAUUACUAUUUUUUUAAUUAUACAUAUAUUAUCAUUCAAAAGAUAUUAAAGAGAUUAUUGCUUUAUAUUUAUUGAUUAGAGAUGAUUAAAUUAAAAAGAUGUUAAAUUAAUUUUAAACCUUUAUAUAAUUACUAUAGUUAAGUGAUCAUGAUGAAGUAAUUAUUUUUUUAAUUAAAGAUUGAAUCUAUUGAAGAAGAACCUGAAGCCUAAGAUGACUAAGAGUAAUAUAUAGGAUAAUCAAAUAAAAAUAAAAAGAAGAAAGCAAUAUUUAAAAUAAAUAACUAUAGAAGAGUACAAGUUAUGUCAAUGUCACUUUUGGCUCUACUUUAUUCUUAUUUUUGUUACAUAUACUUUUCAGCAACAGUAAAAUCUAUUUCUAUCUAAUAAUUAGAUAAUCACUGAUUAAACGAAUUCUUUAGUUCCUUUAGUUAAUUUAACAUCCUAUUUGCCAAUAUAAUAUAGAUUGAUUGAUAAUAGUAUUAAAGAGAUGCUUUAUGAUGAAAAUGCAAUCUUAUUUAAUGAGUUUAAUUCAAAAAAAAGAUUAUAAUAAGAAUUAGAAAUAAUCAAAAUUUUGGAUGCUUAACUUCAUGUGUUGAAUUAAGAAAAUGAAUUGAUUCUAUCAGAUCAAUAUAAAAAGAUAUUCAAUGAAAUUUACAUUCAAAACCCAUGUGAUAUUAUAUUAGCAUAUGAUUCAUCUGUAAAUUCAUCAGCAUGUUUAUCUUUUAAUAAAAAUAUAUUACAAGAAGGACUUUCAGUUGCUAUAACAAAUUUUUUUGAAAAUGCCAAAAAUAUGUUGUAAUAAUACUCUUAUUAUGAUAAAAAUGCUAUAUAUAAUAAUUUAACCUUCAAUAUCAGUAUGAAUCAUAGAAAAAAUUAUACAUGUAAUAUUUAUAAUACAAGAAUUGGUAAUGCAAAUAGAAAAAUGCAAAAGGUAUUUAUUAGAGUAUGUCAUAUGUAAUUAUCAAAUGAAUUACAAAGUUAUUUAAGUCUGCAUUAUUCUGAUUUGGAACUGUAAUUUACUUUACUUUUUUUGAUAUUUUGUGUGAUUUCUGUUAUUGUAUAUUUUGUGAUUUGGAUACCAUUACAGACAAGAUUUUAUAAUGAAUCUAAAAUAGCUAGAGAAAUACAAUCACUUAUUCCAUUAGAUCUUUUUAAUAAUUGUUAAUCUUUGCAAAUAUAUCUAAAAUGGAUAAAAGAAAAUUGA